UGGCAAACUGGAGUCCCCAAGUGAGUAGAACCCUGUGGACUGUUCUAAAUCCCAGGGCAAUAUGGGUUGUAAUGGUGGCCUCAUAGACAACGUCUUUGAAUAUGUGAAAGAGAAUGGGGGCCUGGACUCUGAGGAAUCCUACCCAUAUCAAGCUGUUGACGAAACGUGUAAGUACAGGCCCCAAUGCUCUGCAGCCAAUGACACGGGCUUCGUGGACAUCCUGCAGCAUGAGAAGGCUCUCUUGAAAGCUGUGGCCACCGUGGGGCCCAUCUCUGCUGCUAUUAAUGCAGGAUACCCAUCCUUCCAGUUCUACAGAUCGGGCAUUUACUACGACAAAGAAUGCAGCAGCAAGGAGCUUGAUCACAGUGUUCUGGUGGUUGCCUAUGGCUUUGAAGGAACACAUCCAAACAUCACUAAAUACUGGCUUGUGAAGAACAGCUGGGGUCCAGAAUGGAGCAUUGAUGGCUACGUGAAAAUGAUCAGAGACAAAGACAACCACUGAGGUGCCUCGGCACCCAGGUACCCCACCGUGUGAGCUGAUGCGUGACACUAUGGAGGGCUUGAGGAUCUGGAGGGAUUUUUAUCACAAAACUGACAAGCCAUUUUUGUGCAAAACACUUGAAUCAUGAAGGAUCCAAGUUACGAUUUGCAUUCUAUGACAUUUUUACAAGGGUAAAAUGUUACCACUACUUCAACUACUGUUAUAGACAGCUUUAUGAUAUUGAACAUU